ACAGACACCCGCUAAUUAUUUCUGGAUGGUGUGAAAUCGACGCACUUCGGACUGCGCAAGGGAACGACCCUACGCGCAAGCGACACAGGCAAACGAAAAGAGGGAGGGUCUGCCGUGUCUCUCAUGGUAUCUCAGCGCUCCCACCCCCAUCUGUGUGUCGGACUGCCAACCCGUACAGAGUGCAGCUAUCCCAGGAAUGUGUUGAACAUGGCUGCCGGGAUGAAGGCACAGAAAACUGGACUGCUGGAGCUCAGAAUCUCCGCGGAUCGGUGGGUCCGUGUGCUGGCUUGUCUCACCGAGGAGACUUUGACGGUCAGCCAGAGUGAAAGCGCCUCGGAGCCGGUCAACCCUAAUCCCGUCGGAGCAGUGAACGGGGACCCGUCCAACCUCGGAGUCAGUCCUCCAGUCCCAGAAUCAAUCACAAACGUCAAGCGCACGGUGCGAGUUACUAAGCAAGAUGUGGGUGGACUAGGAAUUAGUAUUAAAGGAGGCAAGGAAAACAAGAUGCCCAUACUCAUCUCGAAGAUUUUCAAAGGGCUGGCAGCCGACCAGACGGGAGCGCUGUUCGUGGGCGACGCCAUCCUCUCGGUCAACGGCUACAAUCUGCGGGAGGCCACACACGAUGAGGCCGUCCAGGCCCUGAAGAAGACGGGCAAGGAGGUCAUCCUGGAAGUGAAGUAUAUCAAAGAGAUGUCGGCCUAUUUUCGGAACGCCUCCCCCGGGGCUCCCGUGCCUUGGGACUCCCCACCCGCAUCCCCCCACAAACAGGGGGGCAUGAACUCCCCAGCGGAUUUAAAGGACGGCAGAUCCAUCCCUCUGAAAAUGUGCCAGGUCACCAAGAAGUCGUGUGCACCUGACCUAGAGCACAGGUACUUUGAGGUGGUUUCCUCAGACAGAAGGUCGUCACUGUUCCUGCGGGCGAAAGACCUGGCCAUGGCACAGUCAUGGGUCAGCGCUAUCCUGUCGGCCUCCAACGCGCUCCUGCCAAAAUUGAAGGAGGAGCUGAAAGGCAUGCAGGGAGGCAAAGAGGUGAAGCACAUCGGCUGGCUCACUGAACAGCCGUCCCAGGGCUCAGAGAGGCCGCUGCUGGCCCUGCUGACGGAGAGAGAGCUGGCGCUCUACCACACCCUUCCAGACAGCAGGGAGGCGCUGGGCAGCCCCCACCAGUGCCACCCCCUCAUUACCACCAGACUGGUUCACUCGGGCCCGGGAAAGAGCUCCCCGGUCCUGGGCUCGGAGCUGUCCUUCGCCCUCCGCAGCGGGACCAGGCAGGGGGUGGAGACGCACGUGUUCCGGGUGGACUCGGCCAAAGAGCUGUCGGCCUGGACACGCAUGCUGGUGGAUGGCUGCCACGGGGCAGCUGAGCUCAUACAGGAGGUCACCACAGCGUGUAAAUGGAGCGGGAAGGACUGCACCCUGGGCGUCCACAUCGACGAGGGCUUCACUCUGUUCACGGAGGAGCCGGGUGGCCGGCGGAGCGUGCUGCUGAAGCAGCCCUUCGAGAAGCUGCGCAUGUCCUCCGACGACGGCGUCCGGAUGAUGUACCUGGACUUCGGGGGCCCGGAACAGGAGAUCCAACUGGAUCUUCACUCCUGCCCCAAAACCAUAGUCUUCAUCAUCCACUCCUUCCUGUCCGCCAAAGUCAAGAGGCUCGGCCUGUUGGCAUGACGACAGCACUGAGGAGCCCCGGAGCCCAGCUAACAGCAGAUUUGGAUUUCAACAGGAAGAGGGAACUGGGGGGGGGGG